AUGGAUAACGUUAAUCAGAAGGAUCAUCAUCGUGCAAGUUUGACGUCGUCGUCGUCUUUUUCGUCGUGGUCUUCGUCUUCAUCUCCGUUAGAAUCGCCGAAGUUAGGGCAGGAGUUGACGGAGGUGGAUGAGUUGCAGCGGAUGCCAUUGGCUCCGACGUUGUGCAAGAACAAGAAGAGGUUGUCGAAGCAGCUGUCCAUGUGUGAAACCCCGCGUGACAUUGCAUGGGAGAAGCGGCGGCGCCAGAUUCUGAGGCAAGAGCGGAGAAAAACGAAUGACAGUAAUGAUUCGGACCAGUCCUUGACUGAUGAAGACUUGCAUGAGUUGAAAGGAUGCAUUGAGCUUGGUUUUGGAUUCAACGAAGAAGAGGGUCAGCAAUUAACCAACACAUUGCCGGCUUUGGACCUUUAUUUCGCAGUCAACCGUCAGCUUUCUAUCAGCCCCGUCUCAACCCCGCAAAGCGGCCGACAUUCCACCUCCUCACUCGGUGGUCGUUCUUCCUCAUUCGGUAGCCCAAGGAGCGAUUCAGAUUCUUGGAAAAUUUGUAGCCCAGGGGACAAUCCUCAGCAGGUGAAGACGAAGUUGAGACAUUGGGCACAAGCUGUGGCAUGUUCUCUGAUGCAAUCUUCCCAAAGUGACAUUCCAUGA